AUGGCUGUGUUGCUGUUACUGCCCGGUUAUACACAUGUUAUUCUCAUUUUUCUCCUGCUCUAUGUAGGUGAUUGUCAUCAGAUGGAACCAAAUUUCUGUGAUUCAAGUUGUUCUGGGUUCACUGCUUCAGACUUUUCGUAUCAAAAGGGUAUGAGGUACACUUACAGGUAUACCACCACAAUAAACACCACCACUCUCAGCUCCAGUGGCAGGAAUGGCCUCGCUCUUGACUGUGUGGUCGAUCUCGACGUGGUCUCCAAGUGUCACCUAAUGAUGCAGAUAAGGAAUCCGCAGAUAAAACGUCUCUCCCCUCAGAGGGAACAUUCUGUGCUGCAUUUAAAAAAGUUGAGGGAGACACUGGAGAGAACUCGCCUCAAGUUCUCCCUCCAGGGGGGAAAGGUCACAGCCCUCUGUUUCCAGGAGGGGGAGCAGGUGUGGGCUCUCAACAUUAAAAGGGCUCUACUGAGCAUGCUCCAGACCUCCCCCAUGGUCACCAAAUUCAAAGAAGAAAAGGAGACUGACAUCCACGGUACAUGCACCAGCAGGUACGAGAGACGAGGGUCAGCACUUGUGAAGACCAGGGAUCUCAAACGGUGCCAGCAGUCCAGGCUUGCACGUUUCUGGCCUCAUUCAGUUACUCUAUCGGAGGACACAUCAGUGCAAAUGGAACUCCGUUGCGUUCAGCGCCACGGGGCAACAGUGAUGGAAGAGGUUAACUGUACCGAAAUCAUUUCCGUGGGGACUGGAUCUGGGGCUCCUGGGUUGGUUAAGACCCAAACUGUGUCCACAUUAAUUCUGCUCAGAGCUCAGCCAGGACAUCCUUCAGGAGCAGAGUCCCUUGGUAUUGGUGUAUUGACCGACCUGCAGUUUGUGGAUGAAGGGACAUCUGAGCAAAGACAAACCAGUCGAUCAACACCACAGGCAGUUGCUGAGACUGUCAGAUUGCUAUGUAGCCUCAGUUCAGACCCACAAUUGGUAUCACAGGAGUUUCUGCAGCUGGUGUUUCAACUGAAACAUAUGACACUGUCUCAACUGAAGACUCUGUGGCGAGGGGCAUCUUUCAAGUGUCGCAAUGACUGGCAACCUGUACUGGAUGCAUUACCAGCUUGUGGGUCUGAAAAUUGCAUUCUGCUACUAACUGACCUGAUAAUGAACAAAGAACUGGAGGAGGGACUGGCUCACUCUUAUCUUACUACUAUAUCCCUCAUCCCACAUCCAUCAUCACUCAUCAUCGGCUCCAUCACUGCCUUACUGGAGGACCCGGAGCUGCGGUUCAAAGCGCUGCUGGCAGGAUCAUCUCUGACCUAUCAGUUGUGCCAAAGAUCUCCAACUCCCUGCACUGAAAUACCGCAAGUGCAGGAAUUCAUACGCAAAGUCGAAACAGCUCUGAAAGUGGGAUGCGAAGAACAAAAAUCCAGUCAUGCCCAAGAGCUAUUUUAUGCACUAAAAUCAGUGGGAAACACUGGUUUGUCUGCCUCCGUCUUCAUUCCUCUCUUAAAUCGUUGCAUUCUGGACCAAAGGACGUCCUUGGAACUGAGGCUCACGGCCAUCCAAGCCUUCCGACGCUUUCCCUGUACGGCUGAUCGGUCUGUGCUGUUGCAGCUGUACGGAUCUUCCCAUGAGGAUACUGAGGUCAGGAUCACUGCAUACCAGCAGCUCAUGCUCUGCCCCGACCAGAGAGUGUUUGAAGUGGUGAAGACCACUCUGAGGAGCGAGACAUCCAGCCAAGUGGGUUCAUUUGUGUGGAGCCAUCUGACUAAUGUCCUGAGGAGUGAGGAUCCCACAAAGCAGGCCUUAAUCGAAUCCCUACCUGACGACAUUAUCAGCCGUGAUUUCGAAGCAGAGUUUUUAAAAUAUUCCUCAUAUUCAGACAACACAUACGUUUCAGGCAUUGGAAUUAAAAACGUGGAAACGUCAUUGAUUUUCUCUCCAAAAUCCUUUCUGCCCAGUUCUGCCUCUGCCAACCUGACCGUGUAUUUCCAUGGCAAAGCCCACAACCUUUUAGACGUGGACUUUCAUGUUGAGAACGCUGAGCCGCUGCUGAGGAAGUUCUUUGACUAUGAGACAGAGAGCGAAUCCACUGCUGAAAAUGGAAGGAGCAAGGUGAAAAGAAGCAGAAGAAAAACAGAUGAUGGUGACAGAGGGGAAAAAGAAAGGUGUUUUUCCACAACCAAUAGUUUCCUGAACCAGGCCCAAGCCAUGUUGUUUGGAAGAAGGAAAACAGAGGACAACAGGCUCAAGUGUUGGCUUGGUGUGAAAGUGUUUGGAAAUGAGGUCAGUGUGUUCACAUGUGACGAUAUCUACCAUCAAAUUGACCAUGUGUCACUCAGCAUGGCUGGACUGGCUGUGAAACUGCUGAAGGGUCAUGAGGUACAGAUGAACCACAGGGCCGUGCUCACGCCAGAGGAUCUGGUCUUACCAUCUCUGUCUGGUUUACCUAUGAAACUGGGCGUCAACAUGACUUCCCUGCUUUCGCUACGUCUAAAAGGCAGCUUUAAUUACAGGGAUCCUUCUCACUUCUCCCUAAAUGGAUACAUCAAACCCAAUGCCUUCGUGAGUCUGUCAGCCAGAAUGGGAGUUGACAGUGUUUUGGGUCAGGCCGCAGUGGAGUGGGCAGCUGAGUUAAAGAGUUCUACCAGUCUGGAUGGCAGCAUUCAACUCCAGGAGGGGCGAGACAUCAGGGUCAUGCUGAACACACCAGAGGACACCAUAGAUAUCUUUACUUUCAGCUACAGAGUUUUUCAGGUAAGCGGAGACCACAGAGCGGAGAUUAAAGGCCAGAAGAGUCAAGUCCAAAAGACCGCCUGCACACCAAAAACCUGGUCCAAAAUUAUUGGCUGGCAACUGUGCUCUAAUUCCUCCCUCCCAUCACUUGCUACUGGCCUUACUUUCCCCCCUUCUGGACCGGUCAACUUUUCCCUCAGGCUGUUGAAACUGGACAGAGGCCUCCAUUAUUAUCUGCUGGAGGCAGCUUACUCUCUGCACCAUCAGAAAGGUACAUGGCUUCCCAGAGAGGCCUCCGUCCACCUGGUACUGGCCACCCCUCAGUCCUCCAUUCCCAGGGACAUGUCUCUGGACUUGGCCUUCAACCCUCACCGAGUGCUGCUGAGGAUCACCCAUCCUCUGAAAACUAUCCACAUUCAAGGGCAACUUGAGCAAGAGAGGAACAUCAAGUCAGGGAAGCUCGAGCUUGUCAUCGACAGUGCUCGUUAUUAUGUCAUGGGUUUGGUUGACACCCACAGCAUUCUGUCUGAGCAGAAGACACGCUGUCAUCUUGAAGCCAAGAUGGCCGCCAAUGAACAUCCAAUGAUCCUGUCUGCGAAUAUUACUCGUGGUCUGGGGAGAAAGACCAGCUUUUCUGCCACUUUGAAGAACGUGUUCAGAGAGACCGCAUCUCUAUCAGUGGCUCUGGAGCGCCGGCGGGACAGCAGCGGUAGGCAGUACUCCGUAGAAGCCGACGUCCUCUUGCCCGGAGUGGUCGGCAGCAGGAUGCUGGGCCUGAUGGAGCAAAGGAGGUCACUGUGGAGCUCAGUAUUCAGGCUCAAAUACGGCCUGGGAGGCAACGCCAGGCAGCUGCGUCAGGAGUGCUACACAUCCCAGAGACUAAGGAGUGAGAGGGACUCAAACCUCACAUACAUCAUGAGAGCAGAUCACGAAUUCUACUGCACCAACACCGCUCCCAUUAACCAUAAGAUCCACCUCCGGCACGAAGAAAGCCCCAGCCACAUUAAAUCUUCGUUUGACAUGAGCUAUGGCCCACACUGGGAUGAGAUAAACAACAAAAAGACCAUUCUCUUGAGUCAGUCCUUUAAAAACCAAUCCACGAAAGGUCACACCAGUUACACCUUGGAGUUCAAUUUCCAGGCACCUGAGAAAAAUCUAAACUACAGGACUCAGCUAAUGCACUCUCACGUAACGCAGUUUGGCUCUGAGAGCAGCACGCACUUGAAAAUCAAUUACAACAAUCUGAUGCCACUUGUGGCCGGAUUACAUUGGAAAAGCACCCCGAAAGAUUCCCGACAAAAGAAAUGGGAAGGUACAUUAAACAUGGACUCGCCGUGGCUGUACAUUUACACCACCCACAAACUGAGCCACCUGCACCGACACGCCUUGCAGCUCACCUCUGGGCUGACAGUCAGCAAGUGGCUAAGAGUCCAUAACCUUGUUUUAGAGGCCUUUUACAGGGGAAGGGGCAGAGUCAGGGAGGCCCGUCUGAAACUCUUCACACCAGCCGCCACUUACCUCCAAGCAGGGGUGUGGGGCGUGGUGGGAAAACAGGGCGUAAAAGCCUCUGGCUCCUUCAGCUCGCUAUGGACUCUUCCCCUUAGAGGAAACAUCUCUGUGGAGGCCUCCAAACUUAGCCACACCCUGCAGAUGAGCACCACCUACGGCAAGCAAAAUGUCAGCUUUGUGGCUGCGCUGAACACUGCUGAUAAGGAUUUGAAUAAGAAGCAGGUGAUUCUGAAGAUGAGUGUCUCAAACCCAAAGAGCUCUCCCUCUGAAAUCGAGUUUGAGGGGGCAAUAGAGGAGCUGAAGAGGGACAAAAACAUGUAUCAGAAAACAGCAAUGCUCAUUCUUAGACAGCCCUUCCAGAACCUUCCCCAGUCUCUUCUCCUGCGGGAGACUUUCACCGUCGACUUACUGCAAGGCGUCUACAUCAUAGAGACGAAAGCUAGUAUCCAUGACAACGGAGAAAUCCUCCACACCCUGACUUUGGGCUACAAACCUCUUAGUCCUUUUGUAUGUUGUGCACUGAUCCAUCCAUUCCGCUCUGACACUAUCCCCUCAGACACAGAGAUCUGUGUGAAUGUUACCAGCACCCAGACCCAGAAAGAUGUACGGGGGAGGCUCCGAGUCGGGAGCAAGGAGAGACUCGCUUUCUUUGGCCAAGCUCAGAUGAACCCUUUGCAUUCAACUGGUCAAGCAAUAAAAGUUAAAGCCAACCUAAUCCAUCAGCUCCAGCUGCAGCUCCCCUCCUCGGCUAUAAUCGAGGGAGAAGUGUGUUGGAAACCUAAAGAUAACAAUGAGUUUGAUUAUCAGGCCAGAGGGAAGCUGAAAAUAGAGCGACAGGAGUGCCGACUUUCAGUACAGCUGAAUGGAACAUCAGGCAAAGUAAACCUGUUAUCAUCUAUCAGUCACCCCUUCAAAUCAAAGACCCCCAAAAUACUGGAGGUAAAGGCCACUGCAGAUGUCUCAGUACCUGGCAAAGGGAGCAGCUCUGUCAGUGUGAAGGCUGAUGGGAAGGACAGAGUGAUCCUGGACGCCCAGAUGUCCCACUCUCUGCAGAAGGGAGACAGAGCCGCGGGACUAAGAAUGAACCUCUCCCAGAGCCUGCUGCCCACAGCCACGAACCUAAAUUUAAACAUGGCUGCCAACGUGUCCUCAGACAGAGUGUUUCUACGUGGCUCCUUCGCACAAGGGCAGGAAGCUUUGCUGCUUCAGGUCAAAGGCUCUCUGAAAAGGUCCAGGGGCCUCCAGCUUGCUGCGUCAGGGGACUUUAGGCACUCCAUGACCAGUUUGAAUCUUCUCCCUACUGUCCUGGGGCUGGAUGGGGUGUUUAGGCACUUUGACGCUUUAAUUGAAGGACAGCUGAGAACUAGGUUGACCGAGACCGUGCACGUCAUAGACCUCAGACAUCAACGGGAAGCUGGAAAAAGUUCGGACGUAGAUGGUGAAGAAGACAAAAUGGGAGAAAAGUUCCAGGAAGCCCGCGAUUGGCUGUGCCUUUGGUCAGGGGCAGAGCAUUUGUGCCUGAAUGUCAGUUGGCAGCUGACAAAGAGGAGCAAAGAGCGGAGAGGGGGGGAGGUUUUUGGGCUGCUCUCUCAUUCUUUCCACGCACUCGAUGCCACAGGUAUACCUAAUAACAGUAGUGCUCAGUUGAUGUGGACACUGGAUGAUGGUCAGUUGUCAGUCCUGACAGAGCUGCUGGCUGGACCUGAAUAUCUUAAAGCUGAAAUUCACAGAGCCAGGACAGAUCAUCUUAUUCCUCGCUGGGAGUACUUUUCCAGGUUGCAGCACCAAGUCAAAGCCCUACAGAAAAGAGGCAUAUCGAGCUCCUUUCAAGCUGAAGCACAUUACCAGUUAGAAACAGCUGGACUGGACACAGGCUUGAUCUUAUACAUGGAAGACCAGAGGAUUGCUGACGUUCUUUUUAAUGUGGGAUCGGAAAACAAAACCACUGUCAUAAAAAUGUCUUUGUGGCAACAGAUCAAGCAGCUACAGGAACUCAUACCUACCUCUUUACAGAUGAGCUGCACAGGGGACAAAACCACAGACCGACUCUCAGCUCACUGUUAUGGAAAUGUCACGGACCGCCCAGUGGAGACGUCCCUACUUUCAGAAGCUUCAGUCAAUAUCUCCGUCACCCACUCGGAGUGUUUCACUAAUCUGAUUUCAGUCCUCGAGGCGGAGGGGAUACAGAAAGGAAGUCUCAGUGUGUCCCUGACUUGUCACCCGCACCUUACACUGAGGGCGUCUGUGCCUGAGAUGCAAAUUGGCCUGCAACUGGGACAAUGUUAUCUCAGAGGUAAUAUGAGCAACAAUAUAGCUCCACAGAAGGAGUUUGGGCUGUCUUCGUACACUUUCAAUGUGACCAGCUACUGCCCGUUAUUAAAGGAAAGGAUGCUCCCCGUGUCCCUGGCUCUUCGUGGCGGCCUUUCAGUUACUUCUUGCCUGGUGACGGUGUCUUCCUCUCUAAGAGCCGACAACCAGGAUCUGUCUCUAGACCUAAUUGGGUCCUGCAGAUCUCCGCAUCUAUCCGGGACCAUGACUCACUCAUUUUCUGGGCUGGAGAGUAAGGGUCUGCCACAGAAUGUUAUCAUAGAGGCUACUGCUCCUGGCGGCCCUGGAGAGGCCGGGGAUCUGUUUAUCAAUGUUGGGACGUGCAAUAUUCGAGCCACCACAGUCAAAGAGGCCAGAGGAAGAAGACAUUGGCUUUGGACUCUGGAGUCAAAGUGUCCCGUGUUUCAGGCUCAUUUGAAUGGUUCAGUGUGGCGGGAUCCUCAAGGCAUCUGGUCGGCCUUGUUUGACGCUGAUGCUGAGGGCAGGAGAGCUUUCCUGAGGCUUGAUGUAAAGCCUUGGCCGGAGCUGAGGGUAGAGGGCGAGCUCAGCCACAACGGCCUCGCUCUCGGACAUCUGCCAAAAAACAGCAGACUGAGAUUAACCAGCAGCUCCGUAAAACCGCAACGUGACAUGGAGCUGCUGGUUGUGACGGAGGAGUGUGCAGUCAGCGCCAGUGGGGCUGUGAUGUCACAGCCUGGCCUGCAGGGGUCGCUGGUGUAUAACAACAAUUGCACAGCGAUCCAGGAAUGGGGUAGUCCUUACAGAAUGCAGGCGUCUGGAUCCCUGGCUGUCUUUCCUGCAUCCAUUAAUUCUCUUAUCUCAAUGGUGGUAGAUGACACAGCGUUACAGACUCUAAUGGCGAUCAGAAAAACUGAUGGUCAGAAUGAAGCAUCACUCCAUUUAAACCACUCUGUACCCCUGUUGGAGAAGCUUGGUUUCCCCACGAAUGCUUCACUGAAGAUACAUUCUGGGAGUCACAGCAACGGUUCAUACUUUCAUCUAUUCAGCAGCAGCGUGGGGGAACAAAACGUAAAGCUGAGUCAGGCGAUGACAGUGGCAAAAACUUCUAGGACAGUGAGAGUGAAGAGCGAUUUUAGACACACGCUGAAUUACUUGAUGGAUCUGGGAGUCCCUGCACUCAGCAGCAUACAGAUGGAGUUUGGUGCCGCUGAGGAGAAGGCCUUGACCUUCCAGUGCCUGUGUGGAGAUCAUCAGGCAGGGCUGAGGCUUCAUGUGAAAAGUGUUCCGCUGAUCAAAGAAAUAAGAGGGAACAUGUGGCACAGCUGGUCGUGGUUACAUGACCAAGGGUUGCCGCUUAACAUAGAGGGCUUAUGUUUUAUCAAAGGAACCCUAUCCGAGCUUCAAUCCAGGGCUCAGCUCAGUGUGGCGGGACACAAGCUGCUGGCGUCUGGUUUGAAUGUUAGUGGCACUGAUGGGCAUCUGUCAGCACUUGUCUCAUAUUCUCCUUCACCUGUCAAUCAGACCAGGAUACUUCAAAAACUGGAUUCUGUCCUGACUGCCCAAUUCAAAGGCCCUCAGCGAAGCGCCUUGUUUGAUGUCCGCGGCCAGGACUGGAGGGUUCACGUGGCGGGGGACACUUUAGGCUGGGGGACGCAUGGAGGGACCAAAGAGGGCAAAAUCACACUGAAGCACACCGUUCACGGAAAGAUUCGCCCCGCUUUGCAGAUUGAGGCCUGGGGACGGCUCACCGAGUCUCAGCUGAGGUGUUCUAUGGUUGUGAACCCCGAAUCGAGCUCCUCGGUCGCGCUCAUCAUCCAGGGCCACCAUUCGCCGCGCAGCAAGGACCUCGCGGUGAAGGCGGUCCACAACCUCCCCAGAAUGCUGGUCUACCUGCCCUCUCAGUUCAGCAUUCGAUCUCAGCUGAACCAGUCUCUGACCAGUGUGGCGGGUUUGCUGGAGGUGCUGUCGGGCAGGAGGAGGCUGUGGGCCCGGGGGGAGCUCACAACCAUCGAGAGCGGAUACAGACACGCUGUAGAGGUGAAACACUCCUACCCACAGCUGAGGCCGCUGCCCAGGACCAUCGCACUAAGAACGGUGUACGAAAGCAGGGACUGGAGCUACCAGGUUCAACAGGGCGCUGUGUGGGGCAACCACGAGUUCAGCCUGUCUGGUCUGUACUCUGAUCCCCCGAUGCUGGAGAUCGGGAACCAGACACUGAAAGUUCAGAUCAGCUGUGUCCCUCGUGUGACCAGUUUGGAGGUGAUGCUGGAACGCUCCCCAGAAGGCCGAUUAGGCAGUGUUUUACUGGGCUGGAUGAGGCAUGGACAACUCGAACAGGUCAGAGCUCUGAGUGUUUGGAGUCGCACUGAGGAAAGAAAUGAGACUAAACUGGAGAUGAAGCAGCCUUUUUCCUCCACUCUGAGCCAGCUGUCCGUAUACGUGCUGUCACACAGCUCACAAAGGGAACAACGCAGCAGCCGUCAAACCCAACUAUCCUGGGAUGGCACAGCCCCCGGUAACAUUUCUCUCAGCCUGAACAAACAGUGGCAGACCAACUCCAGUAGGGGGCAGGCGUGUGCGAUUCUUUCAGCGCAGCAGAUGGCAGCGUCCCCUGUCAAAGGCUGCGUGUCUCUGGGUCAGGAGGGAAACUCCUAUCUACAGCAUGCAGAGUUAAAAUGGGACAACAGAAGUGUGAAGCAGGGCAUCAAAUACCAGAAAGGUUUGAGGGGAAUGCACAGCCUUCAGGUCCAUAUUGGUCUGGACAGAGUGUCCCCAGCACCCUGUCCUUCCCACACACUCCUGGCCAAAGUUCAAACCAAUCUCAGGGACCGUUUGGAGCACACGGUGGUGCUGGGUGUGUGCCCCACACAUCCUACUCUCUCGUGGUCAGGAUCUCACAGAGUGAGCUCGGGCCAGGAGCUGUUUUAUACUCAGUCCCGCUUUUCAGCCGCGGGGCGACCGUACCAGUGCAGCUUCACGCUGAGCCUCACCAAUUCUUCUGCCGCUCAGAUGACCAACGUGUCUCUGUUCUCUGAGUCUAGUGUCGGUAACUGGAGUGUGGAGAUUGGAGGCAGUGCCAUGUCUUGGCCUCGCGGUUCAGGUCUCCAGAUCCAGGCCACGAUGGACCACAGAGAAAUGUUCUGGCUCAACGGAUCAGUGGAGGGCAGGUGCCUUCGAACCACAGCCGGCUACGCGAAUGGUUCGGACAUCGGUGAGGAUCUAAAGAUGGCGGCGUGCGCGGGUGCAAACAGCCUGAGGAUGGAGGUGCAGAGAACAGAUCAGAGCAGAAAACCUGAAACCCUGGCGACCGUGUCUCUGGGGUCAGUCAAUCGGCGGCUACAGCUGAAAGCAAGCGGCUGUUUGCAGAGUUUAACUUCAGCAGAGGAACGACUUCACUACUUGGGCUACCGGAUACGGAAUAGACUUGCAGAGAGAAUAAAGGCUUUACAGCAUCUCCUCAUUGAAUUCAGGAAACAGUCCAGUUACAGCGAGGUGCUCCAGGAGUGGAGCGCGGCUCCUCUUCGUGUCUCACAGCGGGCCGAGGAGCUGCUGAGACAGGGGGAAAGAGAUCUGCUGAGCCUGUGGCGCAGAGGGCCCCUGCGUCAUCUCCUGACCAGCGGCCUGCCCCGCUUCCUGAGGCUGCUACAGGACGCCUCGGCGCUGGGACAACAGGAGCUGAGGAUGCCCCUUGCCACGUUGGCAGGUGUGUAUCAGGAUGUGAAGGGCCAGAGUUUGGAGGAAAAGUGGAGAGAAGCUCUUGUGAUGUGGAGUGACUGGCUGGUGGAUGCCCUGCCUUUUCUGCUGGAGAACCCCCACCUGAGGCCACUCUCACAGGCUGGGGUCACCGUACUCAGGGCCCUUCUGGACGUGGCGGGACAACACACCUACCACUGGACUGAAAACAGGCUGGCGACAGCUUUGUCCGGAUUGAGGAAACGACUUGCCUCUGUGUACAAACUCUCUCCCAGUGAUUGUGCAGUGACCGUGUCAGUGCUGCUGCCACCUCUGGCCUCCCCAGAGCAAGCAGAGGCGGGGGUGGUGGAGAUCCUUCUGGAGGAGUGGCUCCUGAGGCCCCUGCAGGCCCUCGCCUCAGUCCGACCUGCUGCGGAACUUUACCGCUUCAAGAGGAAAAUCAUGGACAGCCCGUUCAUACACCGAGCUCUGCUGGUGGCGGAUCAGUUCGUGGUGACGUUCGACGGACACUUGUACGAGCUGCCGGGCCUCUGCCCUCUGCUCCUCGCUCGAGACGUAAGCGGCGACCCCUCGUUCACCCUGAUGCUCGCCGGAGACUCCCAGAACUUCCUCCUCGUCCACAUGAACAAUAGUACCAUCGGCAUUCAGCACGGCGGCCAGGUCAAGGCCGACUGCAGCAAACCCGUCACGCACACUUACAACGGCGAUGGCGGACUGACCGUGAGGAGAGGGCCGAACUUUGUGCACGUGGCCAAUCAAAACGGAGCGUCGGUGUCAUGUGACCUGUCGCUCGAACUGUGCAGCUUCAUCCUGGAUGGAUGGUUACACGGGGCCUCCACCGGCCUGUUGGGGACCAACGACAAUGACGCAGGCAACGAUUUUCCUUUACCCGAUGGAUCUCAGGCCAACACAUUGGAAGAUUUUUUCCACAGCUGGCAGUUGCGACCGAAAUGCGGCAAUCCUCCUGAUACAGCGGGGAAGGUCCCCGAAGCAGCCACGAGUACAGUGACCUGCGCCUCUCUGUUCUCUUCUCACGAUUCGCCGCUGAGUUUGUGUUUCAGGGUGGUGGAUCCUGGUCAGUUCUUGUCCGUCUGUGAGCUGAGCUCCUCCAGAGCCCCCUGUAGAUUAGCAUCUGCUUUUGUUCAUCUCUGUCAGCAGAACUACAUACCAGUGGAGGUCCCGGUCCAGUGCUUUAAAGUAUGA